GCCUAUGCCAAAUGCGGCCUAGUCACAGUCAGAAGCAAUAUUAAGCAAGUGAAAAUUUUGGCAAAGCAAAUACGAAACUUAUGUCCUGCUGUAACAUUUAAGUUAUUUCACUCUAGAAAAGAGGCAUAUUUCCUUGAGUAUUUGGUGACACUCAUUUAUACUAUGAUAACUUCCAAAGUCUUUCAUCGAGGUUUUAGCAAAUAUGGUUUUUUGUGCUCCGAAUCAAAAAACCCCUUUAAACGAACAUGGGAUACAAUUUCCAAAGAAUUGCCAGCUUUGUUCGGCUUGAAUAACAAAAUCUCAAAUUAUCCAGAACAUGCCGAUAUCGUAAUUAUUGGAGGUGGUUAUAUUGGCUCAUCUGUUGCAUAUUGGCUUAAAACGAAAGCCAGCCAUGGACUUUCUGUUGUUGUGCUAGAAAAAGAUCCAACAUACGCUGGCGCUAGAAAAAAUAUAUCAUGUGGAUCCCUAACUCAGCAUUUCUCAUCACCAGAAAAUAUACAUCUUUCUCAACACAGUGCAGAAUUUUUAAGGAAUGUAAAAGAUAAUUUGGGUCCAAAUGUUGACCUAAAAUAUGUACCUAAGGGGCAGUUACUUUUAGCUUGUGAAGAACAUGCUGAAAAACUUGAGCAAAAUGUCAAUAUUCAAAGAGAAUAUGGUAUUAGAAAUGAACUAUUGAGUACAAAGGAAAUAAAAAACAAAUUCCCGUGGAUAAACACUGAUGAUGUAAAACUUGGAUGUUUGGGAUAUGAGUCUGAAGGAACAUUUGAUGCCCUAGCCCUCCUUGGAGGUCUUGUAAAAAAAUCUUUAGAUAUGGGAACAAAUUACAUACAUGCUGAAGUAACAGGGUUUGAACUAGAAAAACAAAGAGAUGUAUUAAUGGAGGGUAUUGCACCUGGUUCAUUUGAAAGGAUAAAUAAAGUUAUGUACAGAACACCAGAAAAUGAAGAACACUCCAUUAAAUUUGCAGCUUGUAUUUUAGCAGCAGGACAUGAGUCCAGUCAAAUUGCCCAAUUGGCCAAAAUUGGUAAUGCUGGUGGUUUACUAGCCAUACCAUUACCAAUUGAAAAAAGAGAGACUGAUGUGUAUUCCAUAGAAAAUGUAACCAAAAUUACUGGCCUAAAUACACCUCUCAUUAUGGAUACAAGUGGAGUAUGGAUAAGGAAAGAUGGCAUAGGAAGCAAUCUCUUGUGUGGUGCCAUUCCUCUUCUUUCACAGAGUGCUACUGGCCUGUUUGGUGAUGAAUACUCUGACAAAAUUAUAAAACCUUCUUUAUUUAACAGAAUACCACAAUGCAACUCGGCACAGGUAACCAGCAUUGCAACUGAAUCAUAUGACUAUUGUCAUUAUGAUGACACUGGCAUAUUGGGACCACAUUCAUAUCAUAAUAACUUGUACAUAGCCGCAGGUUUUGGUAAGCAAGGUUGCCAGCAUGCACCAGGUAUUGGAAGAGCUAUUGCUGAGCUUAUAGUUGAUGGCCAAUAUGUCUCUACAGACUUUACACGGCUAAGCUUUGACAGAUUCCUUACAGACAGUCCAUUAAUAGAAUUUAACAUUUAUUAAUUCAACAAAACAGAAAUAUAGUUAAUGUAAUUAAAAACAAAUGAGUUUCAUUA